AAAAAAAAAAAAAAAAAAAAAAAGUUUUUCAGAUAAGUAAUUAGAAAGACUUGUUGCAAAACCAAAAAAACAAAACCAUGGAGCUGUAUUUAAGUGUGUUAGUCGCAGUGUGAAUGUGAGCUGGACCGCCUCCCUGUUCAGCGCACCAGGGCAGGUUGCAGUGUUACUGUUCAGCGCUCUGGUGUUUAAAUGGUGCGCUGAAGCGUCCCCGCCGCUACUUGUGAUACACUUGUAAAUUGGACGCGCGGUAUUCACGAACAGUCCUGCGGUCAUGACUCAAGAGAAGAUGGAACUGGACCUGAGUACCCCCGUGUCCAUGUUACAGGCGGACGGGAACCUGAGGCGGUCCAGCAGUGCCCCCAUGAUAAACGGGCUGAGUGAUCACACUCCAGUGUUCCAGGGAGAGACGCUGCGCAGUCGCAGAAACAGCACAACACUUGUGAACCGCCACAGUCUGAUCCCUCCCUCUUCGCCUGUUCGUGUUCCCAGCAGCCGGCUCUAUCAGAUCAAACAGGAGGAAGGCGUAGACGUGAUGAACAGGGAGACUGCUCGUGAGAGGGAGGUGCAGGCAGCCAUGCAGAUGAGCCAGUCCUGGGAGGAGAGUCUUAGUCUGAGUGAUAAUGACUUGGACAAGUCUGCGUCUCCAAAGCGGAUUGAUUUUGUUCCUGUGUCCCCAGCUCCGUCUCCCACCAGAGGGAUUGGGAAGCAAUGUUUCUCGCCGUCUCUGCAGAUCUUCGUGAGCAGUAACGGGCUUCCUCCCAGCCCUGUCCCCAGUCCCACCAGACGCUUUGCAACACGAAGGAGUCAAAGUCCCAUUAACUGUAUCCGACCGAGUGCCCUUGGACCCCUCAAAAGAAAAGGUGAAAUGGAAACGGAGAGCCAGCCGAAGAGACUGUUCCAGGGGACGACCACCAUGCUGACUCCUGACAUGUCGCACCUGCCCGACCUCGGCUCCUGUCUAUCUUCGCGGUUCCUGGAUGGCAGUCUGCGCAGACUGGGCUCCUCCUCGGACUCCCCCGCCAAGAUGGACUCCUCUUCGGACUCCCCUGCGGAGAUGGGCUCCUCGUCGCAGUGCCCCUACCCCUGCUCUUCAUUCAGCCCUGUGCUUGACCGGUCUCCCAAGUGACCUUCUGCUGAACCAAACGCCUGCUGGGCUUAGUUACUUUGAGUUUUUGUUCUUUUACUUUAAGGAUUGUUUACAGUUUAAUGCAGAACAGUUCAGCAGCUUUUUGUGUGUGUGUUUGUGAGGUGCACUGACCUGCAGUUCAGCGUUAGCGAUGAAGAGAUCAAUGGACAGGAGGUGCUGGUCAAGCUGUAGUCACAAUGGCAUCUGUUUAAUUUUCAGAAGGGUAAGCAAGUUAGGGGGCGUGCUCACGGGGAAAAUUGGCAAACGAAUUGGGUGGUGGUGUGUUUUUUUUCUUCCUCUAAUAGAAAAAAAACUGAUUUUGUGACA